AUGUAUCGAGCUCUUCCGGUUGGGAACAAAGUUGUGGAUAAACGUUUUAAACUUAAGACUCAGGAAAUUCAUGAAUGAAAAUUAAAGCAUGCAACUUCCUCUUUAAGCUCAACUCCUCCUCCGUCUUAUAGGCAUGUUAGUAAAAAUACUAACUUCUUUUUUCAUGAGCUAACAAUUUUUUUGGCUGAAGGGGAUUAUAAAAUGUAUGUUAAAAUAUUAAUUGAAGCGAUUACGUUUCAUUUAUUUAUUAAAAUAUUUUUGUAAAUUAUUUUGCUAUCCAUAGAGUUUUUUUAUCCCUAAAAAGUAGGAUUUUCGAAGGAUUUGUAUACUCAAGGAACAAGAAAGUAAGAAGAGUCAGCUUUUAGAAGGUAUAGUAAUUGCCCGAGGAUGGCGCUAUCUUGCACCAUCCUCGGGCAAUUCAAAAAUGGCCCCACACCGGGAAUUGAACCCACAUAUAAGGCCAUUUUUGGUGUGUGGAGAACAUCGACUUCCACGCACCAAAAAUGGCCCCACACGUAGAUUCAAUUCCGGUGUGGGGCCAUUUUUUAAAUUGCCCGAGGAUGACGCAAGAUAGCGCCAUCCUUGGGCAAUUACAAUAUAUGAUAUUUAGAAAAAUUCACAGAAAUUGAGAGAGAAAACCGAAUUCUUUAUGAAAAGAUGUACAAGAUCCAUUCUACUAAUAAGAACCCGAAAUCAAACUCCGCUAAAAAGAGCUUGAACAGUGAUUUGAGGAAAAGGCGAAUGCAAGAAAUAAUAGCAGAAAAUGCAAGCCUCUUGAAAAGAAUUCAAAAAAAAGAAUCAACCUACAGAAUUGACAAAUAUGAGGUCGACAGAAAAGAAACAGAGAAGAUCCUGAAUAACAUAUGCGAGUUCCCAUAUAUUUUGGGAGUUGAAGGUAAGCCGAUCAGGAACUUAAGUGCUAGGCUAAAUUCAACUGGCUCAUUUUCAAGGAGAACUGCAAGAAAGCUUGACCCAAUUUAUCAGGAAGAUCAUAGAGCACAGGUAUAUAAACAAGGGCUAAUAAUUCAGGAGAAGUACUUUAUAGUGGAAAUUAGAACUGAUAAAAAGACCUUAUUGAUCAUGGCUUACAACAUUGAAGACCCUGAAAAAUACUCGCUUGAAAUCUCAUAUAAAGAAGCAAGAAAACUUAUGAAGAUGAGAGAAGACUAUGAUAAGUUGGCAGCUCUCGUGAAAUUUGAGAAUAAUGAGCUGGUUUUAGCUGAAAGAUAUGAAGUGCAAGAUACGAAUAAUGCACAGGAUAUCAAUAAUCAAGAAACUGAUGAGAUCGAGCAAGAAAUCGAGAAUGCUGAAAUAUAA